UACUUCCCAUGAGUUAACUAGCCUUCAUCAUAAUGAUCGCUCAGUCUUCUUCUUUUAUGCGUGACACAAAUAUCGUUAAAUAUUGUCUCCGUCUGUUCGCACUUCUUCAGUGUUUUGGCUGUCGCUGUACGUUUUAUGGUGUAUACGGCGGUGACGAAUUAGCACACUGUCGCGAUGUAAACAACUGUUUCCAUAUAAAUGAAACAUGUAUUAAAUGUAGAUCUGAGGACGAUCUUUCAAGUACAUCCCUGAUUGUUUUGAUCUGCAUCCUUUCUACUCUUUUGAUUACGACAUGGAUUUUGAUUGCAGUGUAUGCUUUCCUCAAACGUCGACGCGGACGCCUACUCGUUAACGAAACACACGGGGCUGUAGAUAUUUGUUUAGCAGACCAGGACGUGCCGCAUCAUUAUGAUGAGGUACAGGACAUUGAUGGAUGUUAUACUUUUCUAGAUUGUUCUGCACAGGAAACGCACUACGAGGAUGUGAACAAAAUAUGAUGGAACGUAGAGACAAGCAGUAAAUUAUUACAAAGCCAUCAUAUAACCAUGCUCUUGGAGCUGGGAUGCUAUAUUACAGACUUUAAUGAUAAUAUGUUUCACGGUGUGACCGUUAGGGUGAGAGCAGAAGGAACUAUAUCAUUCCUGAUCCUUGUUAUUUGCAACCCGGUGACUUGCCCAAACCUCAACUUUGGCUUUCUCUCGAAAAAAUUUACCCCUGCAAGGAACCCCAUGUUAUCAAAUGUAUAUUCCAAUUGUCCCGCUCUAGACCAGUAUACAUAAAUAAACUACCCCUAAGCAUUAAUUAAAUGUAAAACAGACUUAUU